AUGACCGGAGACCCACGACUGACGCAAGCAGCCUACCAGGCGUUGCCCGGCGGACCGCUCGACGUCGACCGCGCCCUCUAUGACCGGAUCGGGGAGACUGGCUCGUCAGAGGCCGCGUCCAAGCAGCACCGGGAGCUCAUCGAUUCGUUUGUGCUGCCCAUCCGCAGCGGCAAGGCGUGGAAGGUCCGGGCGGGCCAGGUCUGCCGCGUCGUCGCCGUCGAGGGCGCACAGGUCGGCGACCUCAACAUCUGGAACCUGCACAACCCGCGCGAGCGCUUCUGGGCCUCGAGGACGAGGCAGCUCCAGCGCGCCCACGUCUCGAUCUACGAUCGCCUCUGGUCCUGCCUCCCCUACCUCCGCCCGCUCUGCACCAUCACCGGCGACUCGCUCAAGGACUACGGAAAGGGCGGCAACGGAAAGGGCGGAGGCGUCGACGACGAGGGCGGCAGGGUGCACGACCUCCUCGGCACCCGCUGCGACCCAUACGUCAACCGCAUGUUGACCGGCCAGGACUUCGACUACCACUGCCACUCGAACCUGGUGCGCGCCGUGCACCCCUUUGGCCUGGUCGAGAGCGACGUCCACGACGUCCUCAACGUCUUCCAGUGCACCGGCCUCAACGCCUCGGACCAGUACUUUAUGAAGACGUGCCCGGCCCGCCGCGGAGACUUUUUCGAGUUUUUCGCAGAGACCGACCUCCUCUGCGCCCUGAGCACCUGUCCCGGCGGCGACCUGUCCAAGGCCAUGUGGGGCGAGGGCGCACAGCCGGCCGGGGCCGGGGACGAGGACGAGGACGAGGAUCCCACACUCGAGUGCUGCAGGCCCCUCGGCGUCGAGGUCUACGACAUCAGGGACAAGGAGACGGUCCUCCAGGGUUGGAAGCAGCCCGAGCCGUUUGGCAACCUCUACCGGGGCGCCCACGGGUGGAAGGCGGCGGCGUGGGGCGACAAGCGGGCCUAG